CGGAUAAAAAUAGCGCGCGCAGUUUUAAGCCGCUUUAAGACGGCUCGCGCAGGUGGAUGGAAACAGAAGCGCUCGAGCUCUUAAGAUGAAGAUAUCCUGACUGAAAACUUUAGUGUAAAUGGAAAUAACGUGCGAAAAGCGAUGAUUGCAGUUGCCCGUGUGUUUUUACCUAAAGAACUUCAAAUAAAGGGACGCAAACUGUCGAAGGCGCGAAAGAGUUCCUAUUCCGCGCGAAGACGAGAAAUCGUGUCAGGAAGAAACGUGUUUUAUCGGUGUGUUUUAUCAAAUGAUUCCCAGAUGACAGGUUAUUAUAGUGGCAGACAUGCCAGCCAACCUCACCGUCUCCAACCACACCACGAACUACAACUUCCCAGCGCUCAUAUUCGGGAUUUUAUUGAUUAUUUUCAUCAUAUGUGGGAACGUGCUGGUGUGUAUGAGCGUUUACACUGAGAAAGCGCUGAAAACUACAACCAACUACUUCAUAGUCAGUUUGGCUGUUGCAGAUUUGCUCUUGGCUGUUCUGGUCCUGCCACUGUUUGUGUACGCAGAGUUCUCUCUGUUUCAGUUCCAGGAUGGGGUUUGGUCCUUGAAUAUGACCGUAUGUGAUGGACUGAUGACCAUGGAUGUGAUGCUUUGCACUGCCUCGAUAUUUAACCUCUGUGCUAUCAGCAUCGACAGGUUCAUCGCGGUGUCUAUCCCUCUUAAUUACAACCGCAAACAUGUGGACCAGCGACAGAUUGUCCUGCUUUCUGCCACAUGGAUCCUGGCCUUAGCUGUAGCCUCCCCUGUGAUAUUCGGAAUCAACAACAUCCCUAACCGGGACCACAGCGAAUGCAAAUUGGAGGACAACAACUACGUGAUCUACUCCUCCAUCUGUUCAUUUUUCGUGCCAUGCCCCAUCAUGCUGUUGCUGUACUGUGGAAUGUUCCGGGGACUGAGAAACUGGGAGAAGGCACGGAAAGCCAAGCUGAGGAGUAGCAUGCAGGCCUGCAUGAAGCUCCAGGAGGCUGCCGUAUCGCUGCAACCUUUGGCUGGCUUGCCGCCACCUCUGCCCCCUGUAAUCGUGAAAGACCUCGAGGACAUUUCCCUGGAAGAACUGGAUCAGGAUCAGUAUCCAGAUGAUGGCCCAUAUCAAGUGAACUGUAAGGAUGGAGGAGUGUCCAUGCUUGCCUACCCUGGUGGGAGCAACAAUAAAGAUCAGAACCAGAACCGGCACAGGAAGAGGGCAAAGAUAAAUGGAAGGGAGAGGAAAGCCAUGAGGGUACUUCCUGUUGUAGUAGGUGCCUUCCUGUUCUGCUGGACGCCAUUCUUCGUUGUACACACAAUGAGGGCGCUCUGCGAGGAGUGUGAGAUCCCCAGCUACGUCAUCAGCAUAGUGACCUGGUUGGGCUAUGUCAACAGCGCUCUCAACCCUAUUAUCUACACUGUCUUCAACACAGAGUUCAGAAAGUUCUUUCGGAAGUUCCUGCCGAGUCUGCCCAAUUGCUGCUAGCCUGAACUUGUUCUUCGCUAACGGUUUGCGAACAAAUGAACAAAACAAAAGUGUAAAUAAACCAGAUAAAAUACAGCAUGUUUUAUGACACAAAUAUGAAAGGCUAUAAUGCACUAAGAUGCUUCCUGCCAUUAUGCUUUACUUUUAACUUUGUAUGUUUACGUUUUGCGAGCUGACAUCAAAGGGCCUCAUUCAUGAAACACAAGCAGAAAGAACUUUUAUAAAUCGAUCCUAAAAUCAUCCUCAUGUAAAUUGCCAUGUUCAUGAAAAAUGAGCUGAACAAAUUUCGGAGUAAAUGUGUUCUUGUUUAAAUAAUUCUUGCAUAAAUCUUUGCAUUCUUGAAACAUAAGAUAAACUAAUUUCAGUGUAAAUUGUUCAUUAUAUCAUUCUUUUUUUUUCUCCCCAAUUUGCCAUGCCCAAUUCCCAAUGCACUCUAAGUCCUCGUGGUGGCGUAGUGACUCACCUCAAUCUAGGUGGCAGUUGCCUCAAUCACCUCAAUCUGAGACAUCAGUCUGCAUAUCUCAUCAUGUGACUUGUUGAGGGCGUUACCGCGGAGACGUAUCGAGUUUGGAGGCUUCAAGCUAUUCUCCGCGGCAUCCAUGCACAACUCACCACGCAGUCCGCUGAGAACGAACCACAUUAUAGCGACCACGAGGAGGUUACCCCAUGUAAGCCUCGCGGUGGCGCAGUUACUCACCUCAAUCUGGGUGGCGGAGGACAAGUCUCAGUUGCCUCCGCUUCUGAGACCGUCAAUCUGCACAUCUUAGCAUGUGGCUCGUUGUGCAUGACACCGUUGAGACUCAAAGCAUGUGGAGGCUCAUGCUACUCUCCGCGAUCCACGCACAACUCACCACACACCCCACCGAGGGGGAACCACAUUAUAGUGACCACUAGGAGGUAGGGCUGGGCAAUAAAACAGUAUUGAUAUAUAUCACGAUAAAGAAAAUCCACGAUAAGCUUUUGAGGAAUUUUCGAUAUUGAACGCGUGUCGCUAAAACACAAGCAGUUCGGCUUUCUCAGGCUGCGUUUCCACUGGGGCGGACGAAAUCACAGCGCUAGGAGAGAGCUUGCUCCGCACCGCUGCCAAUCCUACAAUCCACCUUGCGAGCAUGACGCUCGGCUUUCAUAGGAUGAAAUUUUCUCUUGGGACACCCCUGAACCCACAUUCAGCAUCAUUCCACAGUCACAAGGGCUUCUACGCCCCAUACUUGAGUAUCUGAACCUAAAGAAAUAUACAAAAUAUUUCAUUUUAAUGUAAAAAUAUUCCAACAAAUACUGGACUGCUGUCACUAUGAACAAACAGACGAUCUUUUAACAUUCAUUUUCAAUUGAUAAACGUAAAAGACGAUAAAAUUGUUAAAAGAUCCUGCAGACCAAUUUUUACACAGAAUUUCCUUUCCUCGUGUUUCAUAAAUGAGGUCCAAUGUACGCUAUGAAGCUUCUGUGAC